AAUUGUCUGGGAGGCGGAGCUAACUAGCAACCGGGGCCUGGAGCCCGGGACGCGAAAAACGGGGAGACUUGCUUGUGACGCACUUCCGGCGCUGUAAGCGAGAAAGAUGGCUGCGUCCCAGCAGCAGACUUCAGCGGCUUCCUCAGCUGCUGGCGUUUCGGGUCCUGGUUCGGCUGGCGGUCCGGGCACCCAGCAGCAGACGCAACCGCCAGCACAGCUGGUGGGUCCUGCCCAGAGCGGGCUCCUGCAGCAGCAGCAACAGGACUUCGAUCCCGUGCAGCGCUAUAAGAUGCUCAUCCCGCAGCUGAAGGAGAGUCUACAGACUUUGAUGAAGGUUGCAGCCCAGAACUUGAUUCAGAACACUAACAUCGAUAACGGACAAAAGAGCAGCGAUGGACCCAUACAGCGCUUUGACAAGUGCCUGGAGGAAUUCUACGCACUUUGUGACCAGCUGGAGCUCUGCCUGCGCCUGGCGCAUGAAUGCCUGUCGCAGAGUUGUGACAGUGCCAAGCACUCUCCAACGCUGGUGCCCACAGCCACCAAGCCGGACGCGGUGCAGCCUGACAGCCUGCCCUACCCGCAGUACCUGGCGGUCAUCAAAGCCCAGAUUGCCUGUGCCAAGGACAUUCACACCGCCCUGCUGGACUGUGCCAACAAGGUCACGGGCAAGACGCCUGCACCACCUACUGGCCCCGGGGGCACACUCUGAAGUGGCAGGGCCAGGAGGGGGGCAGGCGGCGGGAGGGGUGGGCAGGGAGGGAAUGAAGAGUGGCCCAAACCAAAACAGUCUUGUCUGAUUGUUCUUCCUGCCUGAGUACCGCGGGCGAAGCCAGCAGGGGGCAGCAGAGGCCAGCAGAGACGGCACAAGGCAGUCCCUGGCCUCUGCUGCCUCCUUUCCUGCUCCCCUCCCUAGCCUCGGUGGACUUUGGUCUGUGUGUGUUGACCACCUCUCUGGCCCAGAGGUCCUCCCCCACCCAGCCCGGGUGUGGAGCCCUGG